AUGGCCAUCACAACUUGGACAGGCAAGCCGUUGAGCCUGAAGGUCAUUGGAACAAAUGCAGGAACAUCAAUGGAUGGCUUAGACAUCGCCCAUAUGCAUUUCACACAGGAAGCUCCUGACAGCCCGCUGAAGAUGCAACUCCUACACGCAGGAGAAGUCCAGUUCGACGGCGACCUGAAGCGACGAGUCAUGAGAAUGAUCAAGGAGAACAAGACGUCUCCUGAAGAGAUCUCAAUUGUCAAUAUCCAACUUGGGAACUUUGCAGCAAAUGCUAUCGAACAGUUCGCGAAGGAACAAGGCUUCGAGUUGCUGCAUGAUGUGGACAUUAUUGCUGGUCAAGGCCAAACGAUCUGGCAUCUUCCCCUACCGGAAAUAUUUGAGGGAAAUCAAGAACGAGCGCAUCUCGAUAUGGCCGAGAUCUCAAUCAUUGCGGCAAAGACCGGGAUUACUUCGCUAUCAAAUUUUCGUGUCAGUGACAUGGCCUUGGGAAGACAGGGGUGUCCUUUGUUCGUUGCCUGGGAUGCUCUGUCUGCGACGCAUCCUACCAAGAAUCGAGCAAUUCAGAAUAUUGGUGGCAUUGCCAAUAUCACGAUAUUACCAAAGGGUGAUGUUCAACAAGGAUACGACUUUGAUACCGGCCCAGGAAAUGUCUUUAUUGAUGCUGCCGUCCGAUAUUUCACAGGUGGAAAGCAACAAUACGACAAGGAUGGAAAAAUGGGCGCUCUUGGCAAAGUCGACCAAUCUAUCGUCGACGAAGUACUGGCUGGUCCAUAUUUUAUCCACGAUAUUCCCAAAACUACCGGUCGCGAAAGUUUCGGCGACGCAAUGGGCGAAGACAUUUGCGCAAAAAUGCUGGCUAAAGGCGCCACGCCAGAAGAUUGCAUUGCUACGAUCACUCGCAUUACGGCUCAAGCUUUGGCCGAUGCCUACGAAAGAUGGGGACCGAAAGGUGGUCUCGACGAGAUUUAUCUCGGUGGCGGAGGCUCCUAUAACCCAAACAUCAUCGACUAUCUCAAAAAAAGGAUGCCGACCACUAGAAUUGCUUUUCUCGACGAGAUAGGUAUUCCAACGAGUUCCAGAGAAGCAAUGGACUUUGGUCUGAAGGGACUCGAGUGCAUCGUUGGGCGGUCUCUCAUUGUCCCUCAGUGCGUCGAGUCCCGUAGAGCGGGGAUCAUUGGGCAUAUCCAACCAGGUCCGGGUCUUCAGUGGCAUCGGGUGAUGAAGCAUGUGCAGGACUUUUGGGGGAAUUAUCCCUUAGAGAAGAGGAUGGACCCCGUUCUUAAGAUGGAGGUUGUGAGACCAGUGACGGAUGGAGAUAAAUAG